AUGUUUAUCACCCUGGCUCUGCUGCGUAAGGGCAUCCCAGGCAAGCAGUGGAUCGGCAAGCACCGGCGUCAGCGGCCCAUUACGUGGCAGAUGAAGCGUAACACAGUCAAGCACCUGGAACGCGAGGCCCAGAAUGAAUACUGGCUCAGUCGGCCCUACCUGACGAUUGAGCAGGAGCUCGGAAGUGCUGCCGAGCGCCGCACGCAAAACUUUCUACGCAUUAAGGAGGCGAAGUUUAACAACUUCCCUCAGCACAAGACUGUAACUGAUCACUUGGCCCACCUCGGAAUCUCUAAGAACUGGGCCGCUUAA